CUAGGGAGACGGUUGUAACAAUUGCCCUGCGGGGAGCUCGCAGCUGGGGCUGGCGGCCGCAGGGCUGCGGGGAGCAGGCGGUGUCGGGGGCAGGAGGUCCGGGACAUGCAGGAGUGGGACAGGAGACACAGGAGGGGGGGAAAAUGAACGAGGUAAAAGAAUGUCUGAGAAACAUAGAACAGACUUACAAGAUCUUCCAGCAACAGCAGUUUACAUUUAUUGCAGCACUGGACCGCACCCGAGAGGAUGCACAUGACAAGAUCAGGCCUAUAGCAAGUAUUGGACAGGUGCAGGCAUACAUGGAUCAUCACUGUAACAACACUACCGACAGACGCAUCCUCCUCAUGUUCUUGAGCAUCUGUAGUGAACUGAACAAACUCUGCCAAAAGCUAGAAGCCCUGCAUCCCGGUACCAGUGUAACGAACAAUAUUUUGGAGAAAUGCAAGCUGCUCGUUAGCCCCAGCAACGACCUGAGCACCAUCCGAGCCAAGUACCCUCAUGAUGUGGUAAAUCACCUGAGUUGCGAUGAAGCAAAGAACCACUAUGGAGGUGUGGUGAGCCUCAUACCCAUAGUGCUGGACUGCAUGAAAGCAUGGGUGGCCCACAGUGAGAAGCUGCCUCGGAACUUCCUGCAUAACGUGAGUGAUGGAAGUGCUGACUCUCAGAAGAGAACACAGCAGGAUGUGUCAGCAAAGGCAUCUGCUCCCCUAGGCCCACGUCCUGCUAUCCUCACUACUGCUACUCAGACCUUGGUUAGUUACAAAGACUAUUCAGGAGAGCAGAACCGUAAGCAUGGUAAAAAAGAGCACCUGAAUGGCACAGGGAGAAACACUUGGAAAUAUCUCAAUGGUCCCUGGAAACCACCUGGGAAACCCUCCUUUUAGAAGGACCAAAGCUCAUACAUCUUUUGCAUAGAUGUGACUGGUUAUUAAAUAUGGUCUCCAGUAUUCACUGCAGUUGUUCCCUCCCGUCUUCACCCAAGUUCUGAAUAUAUGUAGUCUUGUAAGUCUCCAAGAGCAGAUAAACCUAGAUCUUAUCAGACAACUUUCUACUGAGAUCCAGAAAAAGAGUUGAAACGGGUAGUGUAUGUCACAUGUAUUCCUCCUUGACAGGUCUAGUGGUGAGGGCAGCAGAUGGAGUUAGGACCAAUCAGAUUCUGGUCUCUCACCAAUGCUGUGUCUUGGGCAAGUCACUUGAAGUCCAAUUCUAUGACUUCCUAUCUGAUUUUUUCAGGUUAUAGGUUGCUCAAAUUUACUGCUGUAAAUAGCCUGCUAUCUGAAAUCUAAGAUGGGUGCACUGCAUCCUACACCAAUACCAGUAAUAAAGACUGAGCCAAAAAUCUGUCUUCAUUUAUAGCUGUUCAACCCCUUCACUUCCCAUGGGGUUGCACAGGUGUAAGUGAGGACAGAAUUUGGUCCUGUAGUUGAAAUUUAAUUGACGGUGGGUGUGGCCCAUAAAAUAAUCCAGCUCACUCUCCCAGAGCUGUUUUGGCUCUGCAGGGCUAACAAAAGGAAAAAGUUAUUUCUGACCACUAUUAGGGUGCAAGACUCCAAUCCAGGGAGCAGAUCUACUGAGGAAGAGGUGACCAUUUUCAGACACAGCCUCUUUUCAAAGUAGAAUUGCACUUUAAGGUCUCUACGCCUCUGCUUUCCCUUGGGUACAUCUUACCUACCUUACAGAAGUGUUUGAUGCUUAGGUCAUUAACAGUUGUAAGGCAUCUGAGAUCAGCUGAUGGAGCAUGCAUAGAAAAGUGCAACGUAUUUUUAAAUCAUUGCCUUCCUAUAGAGUCUCUGAAGCCAGCUAGCUAGCUUUCCAGGACUGGGUUAUGAAAGCCAGUCCACCUGUAGGCUCGCUUCCCAUAUUUAUCACUUAGAACUGAUUUGUAUAAUUUAUGGAUGCUUUAUGGAAGCUCUUAACAAGAUCUUGAUAGUCUGAUGUAUUUCCCUUUAUCUGAUUGCUCUUUUCCCCUCCCACAGGCAAGUUAGCUCCUGUUCUUUUGCCUCCUGCCUGAAGACACUCCUGAAUAAACGUUUCCCGUGCAUGCA